AUGGGAGCUUAUGGAAAUAUGCCUGCAGAACCUGAAAAAUCAUAUGGACCUGUAUUUUAUGAAAUGGUUGCGAACGCUUGCAAUACAAACAAUGAUAUGAUAGGAUUUAAUGAAGAUGUUAUGAGGUCAUUGGUGGAUGAUGGUAGUGUGGAACAUAAAUGGGAUAGCUAUGACAACACACAUUUCUUAUGUGGUUUUCCAACAGAAGUGGACUUUUGCUUCCAGCAAGGUCAAACAUCUACUGCUCCAAUAACAUACAAAUUGUCUGUUAAAGGACCUAUUGAACUAGCAACUGAAAACGUACCAAAGCCACUUAUUGGAUUUAUGAGGGAUUGUUGCUUUGCAAUACAAGUAAGACAGUCAGGCAUACCAAUAAUAAGACUUGACGACUAUAACUUAGCCACGGACGACAGUGAGGAAUAA